AUGGCUUAUGGGUACAACUACUUAGUUUUAUACUACUUGGGCAAUUACAGCAGUGAUAGAAUUCAACAUCUGAAGGAGUCACUUUCUCGAACUCUGGUCACAUUCUAUCCCUUUGCCGGAAUUAUCAGAGAUGUCCUCUCUGCAGAUUGUAAUGACCAAGGCCUUCCAUUCUCCGUCGCCAAAGUGGAGGCCCGAAUGAGCGACUUUCUGCAAAACCCUAAUGUUGAAUUGAUGAACAAGUUCUAUCCUAGAGCGGAGAAACUGCUAGAUAAAGGUGAUAACAUAAUGGUGAUUCAGUUGAACUGUUUCGACUGUGAUAGCAUAGCCAUGAGUAUCAAGUAUCAUCAUCUAAUUGUAGACAUGGUUUCAUUCUCCACAUUUCUCCAACAUUGGGCUGCCAAUGCACAGGGAUUAGGGUUAAGAUUUCCUUCCUUGAAUCGUAUAGCCCAAUCCUCCUUUCCACAAAAUCCCUCAUUGCCAAACAACUUAUUACCUUUAAGCUAUUUAUCCAAAUACUUAAGCUCCGGAAAGUUUGUGUUGAGAAGGUACGUUUUCGAUGCCCCUGCCCUAUCCAUUCUUAAGGCUCAAACAAGUAGUUUUAGUGUCUCGCGAGUGAAUGUGGUGACCGCUGUGAUAUGCCAAUGCUUCAAGGAGGCUGUGACGAAAGAGUCCGCCGGAAAGGACAUGAAACCUAUAUUGAUGACUCAAGCGGUCAACCUACGGAGAAAGGCGAUGCCCCCGUUUCCAGAUGAUAGUUUUGGUAAUUUAGCAUGGUUUACCAAGAGCUUGUGGAGCUACCCCAAAGAAAAGGAGUUGACGGAGUUGUUGAGGGAGGUGAAAAAAGAGAUAACAAAAAUAGAUGGUGAGUUUGUGAGAAGAUUGGGCAGCGAUGGUGUGUAUGAUUUUCUGAAGGAAUUGAGGAAUGAGAUGCCUCAAGAAGCUAUUGUUCUUGCUAUUAACAGUUGGGCAAAUAUUGGUCUUUCCGAGAUUGAUUUUGGUGGGAGAAAACCUCUGUGGAUGUCAAGCUACAUUCCACAAUCCUCUUAA